UCACGUGGUCACCCCGACCUGUGCCAGUUUCUAUCACAGAUUUCCUUCCCGUGUUGGUACGCCUUCACCGUGGGAUAUUUAUUCAGCGAGGCAGGGACUGCAUAUUAAGGAUAACCCUGAUCAAGUUCUUCGUGAUGUUCUCCGAUUCAGCGUCCAGUAUCUCUGCACCAUCCUCAAGCAGACCAGGGUCAAGGCCACUGUUUGGUAAAAAGGUCGAUGAAGUCCCUUCCCCUCAAAAUCACCCAACAACGGUGGAUGAGCCAAUGUUCUACCCCGAGCCACGAUCAUCCCAGGCUGAAGUAGGACCCCAGAAGAAUCGCAGACGGCAGACUAACUAUAUGAUACCGAGCCCUUUGGACUACUCUGUCUCCACACGACUGACCACUCGCCGCGCACCUUCCACCCUCUUGGGCCUGACUGAUCACAGGGGUAGCAGUCAUAUUAGGAUACAACGGACGCCGGGCCCUACAUACCAAAUAUCUGUCCCACAACACGUUCAGAGCGCGGUCAUGAUUCCGAGUGAACGACAGAGAUCAGAUAGAGCCAUCACAUGUUUAGAAGAUCUUUCGAAAGAGUUAGGUGUCAACGAUAAAUAUAUUAAAGAAUAUACAUCUCUCUCGGGAAACACUAUGAUAGAGAAAACUGUUGGAAUUUUGCUGAACUAUAUCAGAACUCAUUACUCAAGCAUGCCAGUUUGUUCGUCGGAUAUACAAAAAUGUGUUUUUACUUCAAACAAGUCUUACUUUAAUGAAUCGAUUGCGAGUAACAGGUGCCCUGAUGCAGAUAAUCUCAUCCUGUAUGUUCACGGGUUGCUGAAACUGUUCGAGGGUAAGCUUGAUGUUAAACCACCGUAUUACAAAACAGAGACACCUUCCAGACGUCAUGGGAGCCGAGUCGUCAACAGUCGGCCAACGUCGGCGAAAUUCCCUGUCUUCGAGGAUGCCGAAGAUGACAGCGGGUCAGUUUUUAUCACAAAGUACUCCACUUUGAAAUAAACAAGUAUUAAAUAA